AUGACCGGAACGGAACCAGCCACCUCGAUCCUCGAGUUUCUCACCCACCCGAACCCGAUCGUCUCGCAUCGUCCACCGAAACGAAAGACCAAUUCGCGCAAUCAAAAGUGGCACGCUCCGAAACAGAUCAAGAAAUGGGACGAGUUUCACGACUUCAACGUCUUCAAGGAGUCAUUUGGAGGUCGUCUGCUGGAAGAAGCUCGUCGGGAGGGCCGAGAUCUUCCUGCUUAUCCCGACAUCGACGAUGAAACGGAUUGUGUUGAGCGGAAUGAAGACGACACCAGAGAAUUGUAUGCCGUAUGGACCAAAAGAAUCGUCACCGCGGCUCUCCGUCCAAUCCGCCAAGAAUUUCACUCGGCUGUGUGGUCCAAAGGGGACGCCCCGCAAGAUGAUGAGCCGUCAGAACCUCCUCCAAGGCCUGAGAAACAGCGUCAAUUGCCCCGCAGAGAAUGUUCUGUCGAGGCGAGGACGCCAAGAAUGCAAUCCCUCAAGGGACUACGGCCAGACUCGGGCACAACUUUGCGGAAUACCAGCCCUCGUACCGGCGACCCUGACCCUGAUACCCACCGGCCUGAGAGGUUUCCGAAAGAGUAUAAGCCGGCAGAGAAAUGGAAGAGCAAGUGGAUGGCUGAAGUACCCCUUAUCAACGAGUCUGGGGAGUGGGAGCGAGGACGGUCGGGCCACGAUUUGGCCUGGCCUAUCAAGCAAGCCUACACCUAUUGCAUACAGAAUAUGUGCCGCUACGGCUGCAUCCUUACCUGCCAUGAAGCCUUCAUCUUCCGUGUGAGGCCCCGGAGCAUAAAGUCCGCUGAUGGGUCCCAAGACACGAAGGUGCUGCAGAGACAACUGAUUCGAGACGGACUGAUGGAAUACAUCUCCAUUCCUUGGGCGAAUCAUCGCCAGGGGGACUUGGAAAGCCACGAAACAUGGACCAUAAACCUUGCUCUAUGGUUUAUGCACAUUCUGGUCGGGAACAAGUACGAAGUGUGUUGGCGAUAUGACCGGCUACAAGAUGAGACUUUGGCUGCCCUGAGGCUUCCACAGGAUGAACCUCUCACACAUGAAGACCAAGAUGAGGACGAGGACGAAUCGAGUGACUCUGAUACAUCGGAUAGGACUGUGCCGUUUGAUGAGAGCAUAUUUACCCCUUUGAGGAAGCGCAAAAGAGAUGCUGAAGCUGAAGAGGGAUUCAAUCUUUCGUUUUCGAAGCGCCAGUUCCUUCAGACAUAG